GUGGCCAAUGGGGUGUGAUAAUUAGAAGUAGGGCUUUUUUUCCUAGGGAAACGGUAGAGGUCACCACUUUUGUAUAUCAUCGGAUACGGAAAUACUUGAAGUUUUGUUUGACCACAGUUUUAGUCAGUUUAAUUAACAUUUCAAAUCUUUAAACAUGGAUGAGCUUAUUCAAAUAAAAGUUGAUUUAAUUGAAUUUUACUUCGUAAAUAGUAAAAAUGUUAGUGCUGCUAUACGCAAAAUACACACAAAAUAUGGAAAAGAUCUGCCAGUUUCAGACAUAACCCUCAGAAGAUACGUUGAAAAAUUCACCACGACUGCUUCCUUUGAUGACAAACGUUAUGACCAACCAGGACCAAGUUAUACCGUCACAACACCCGAAAAUCUGGAAAUUGUUGAAAAACACUUCCAAGAAAAUCCUAAGGAUUCUCUUCGAAGAGCCGGUCAAAAAUUAGGCAUUCCACGUGAAACACUAAGGGUUAUGCUGCGUAGGUUUCUAAAAAUGUUCCCUUAUAAAAUUAGUGUUGGACAAAAACUGACUCCUGCUGCAAUGGAAAAACGGACUGCUUUUUCUUCGCAAGUUUACCAAAUGAUUGAAACCUCUCAAUUUAAUCAUGAAGAUAUCAUUUUCAGUGAUGAGGCGCAUUUCCAUCUUGAUGGAUAUGUCAAUAAACAGAAUUUCCGUUUCUGGGGUUCGGAGCGUCCUGAGUAUUUUCAAUCGAAAUCUGCGCACCCGAUUCGCUUGACAGCGUGGGCAGCGAUAACCCGGCACAAGAUUUUCAUAACAUUCUUCAGGAAUACAGUCACUGGGGACUCUUAUAAUACACUGCUAAAAAGGUCAUUUUUCCCAUGGUGUGGCAAAAACCAAGUUUCGACCUCAAGCUGGUUUAUGCAGGAUGGUGCGACACCCCAUCGAACCAAGGAAGUCUUUGAGACACUUCAUAACAAGUUUGGUACCCAUGUCAUCGGAUUAGGAUAUCCCAAAUUUUGCAACGGAGGUAUGGAAUGGCCGCCCUAUAGCCCAGACCUAAACCCUUGUGACUUCUUCCUAUGGGGUUUUUUGAAAGAUGGGGUAUACAAGGAUUCUCCAAAAACCAUAACUGACCUAGAAAAGGCCAUUAAAAACCGACUUUCUGAGGUCACUGAAACGAUGCUGGAGAAUGUAUAUGACUCCUUUGCUAGACGGCUAGAAGCUUGUGCCAACACCAAUGGCGAUCACUUUGAGCAUAUUUAUGCGUAACUUCAAGUAUUUCUCUACAUUUUAAUAUGUAAUACUCUAGCUUUUUCUUUCUAUUUUGAAAAAUAAAGGACCUUUUAUAAUUAUCAAA